UAUUACUAUCCUAUCCUGGAAAAUAUAUAUAUUAUUUAUGCAAUAUUAAUCCUCAUUACUUCUAAUCUUGUGUUAUUAUUCAAACGAGUUCUCAAGGAAUAUAGAUAGAGAGUGUGCUUGUUUGUAAGAGAAUUAAGAAUGGGAAAGUGGUGGUUUGUUGGUGUAUUGAUUGUUUUGGGUUAUGUAUGCUUAUUGGGCACUACUUUUAGGGUAGAAGGAUACCCCAUUGAAGAUUUGGUUGAGAGGUUACCAGGGCAACCCAAGGUUAAAUUUAGUCAAUAUGCUGGCUAUGUUGAUAUUGAUCUCAAACAUGGGAGGAGUCUCUUCUACUAUUUUGUUGAGGCUGAUCAUCACCCUCACAAAAAACCUCUCACCCUUUGGCUCAAUGGAGGUCCGGGAUGUUCCUCCAUUGGAGGAGGUGCUUUUACUGAGUUAGGGCCAUUUUAUCCUAAGGGUGAUGGACGCGGUUUAAGUAGGAAUUCAAAAUCUUGGAACAAAGUUUCGAAUCUUCUGUUUGUGGAGUCUCCUGCUGGAGUUGGCUGGUCAUACUCAAAUACAACUUCUGAUUAUACCAUUGGUGAUGAUGCUACAGCCAAUGACAUGGUUUUGUUCUUGCUGAAAUGGUACGAGAAAUUCCCUUCCUAUAAAUCCAGAAAAUUGUUUCUGACUGGAGAAAGCUAUGCAGGACAUUACAUACCCCAGCUAGCUAAUGCUAUUCUUGAUUAUAAUGCUUAUCAUUCAUCUGAUUUCAAAUUCAAUAUAAAAGGACUCGCGAUUGGAAACCCGCUUUUGAAAUGGAAUCAUGAUAGACGAACAACAUAUGAAUAUUUUUGGUCACACGGAAUGAUUUCAGAUGAAAUUGGAGUUGCAAUCAUGAAUGAUUGCGACUUUGAUGAUUAUAAUUAUGGAGAUCAUCAAAAUUUAUCCGAUUCAUGCAACGAUGCCAUAGAAGAUGCUAAUAAAGUUGUGGGCGAGUAUAUAAACAUAUAUGAUGUGAUUCUUGAUGUUUGUUAUCCUGCCAUAGCUGAACAAGAAUUGAGAUUGAAAAAAAUGAUACAUAAUAUAAGUUUAAACGGAGAUGUUUGUAUUGACUCUGAAACCAAAUUCUACCUUAACCUCCCUGAAGUUCAGAAGGCUCUUCACGCUAAUCGUACCAAUUUGUUGUAUCCGUGGUCCGAUUGUAGUAAUGUUUUAAAUUACAGUAAAACAGAUCCUGACAUUAGCAUGCUUCCAAUUCUGAAACGGAUAAUUCGAAACCAUAUUCCAGUAUUGGUUUUCAGUGGAGAUCAAGAUACAGUUAUACCAUUAAUAGGUAGUCGCACACUCGUUCGUGAACUAGCUGAUGACCUAAAAUUCAAGAUUACUGAUCCAUAUAGGGUUUGGUUUCACAAAGGACAGGUUGGAGGUUGGGUAACUGAGUAUGGAAAACUGUUAACUUUUGCGACUGUAAGAGGAGCUGGUCACAUGGUACCAUAUGCACAACCUUCAAGAGCAUUGCGUUUAUUUCAAUCCUUUUUGAGUGGGAGGAGAUUGCCAAACACUACUAGACCUUCAAUUGAUGAAUCAAUAAUAACAUAUGGAAAUAAAAAAUUCUAUAGUAGAAUUGAUUCUUAUUAAGAGAUGCUGAAAAAGAAAAUAACUAUUAGUAAAUUGUAUGGGAAAACAAUUUAUGAAGAUAAGUUAGAAAAUAAAUAAACAGUUACAUUCCUCUUUUUUGUUUUGUUUUUAAAUAAACAGUUAUAGUGUUUCUUCUUUGAUGCACAUUGUGUAAAUGUCUUCUGUUUCAAACAUAAAUAUUUCCUUUCAAUUUCAA